AUGUAUGCGAUGUGGAGACUGCAAGUCUCCUUCUGUACUCUGUGGCUGCUGCUGUCCCUGUCGUCUGCUGCUGAGAGCAAAGCGCGGAGCUGUAGCGACGCGAGGCAAGCUUAUAACGCCAAAGGAUUCAGCCUCGUCAAUGUGCCUCAUCAGGAAAUAUCAGGUGAGCACCUGCGUGUGUGUCCCCAGGGAUACACCUGCUGCACAUCCGAGAUGGAGGACAGACUCAACCAGGAGAGCAAAGUGGAGUUCGAGAACUUGGUCGAGGAGAGCAGCCGCACUAUGAGGACGACAUUUGUCUCGAGGCAUAAAAAGUUUGACGAAUUUUUCUUGGAGCUGCUGGACAAUUCUGAAAAGUCUUUCAACAGCAUGUUCACAAGGACGUACAGGAAGCUGUACAUGCAGAACUCCGAGGUGUUCCAGGACCUGUUCACCGAGCUAAAGCGCUACUACACCGGGGGCAACGUCAACCUGGAGGAGAUGCUCAAUGACUUCUGGUCCAGACUGCUGGAGCGCAUGUUCCAGUUACUCAACUCCCAAUACCAAUUCACAGAUGACUACUUGGAGUGCGUCAGUAAAUACACAGAUCAGCUAAAGCCCUUUGGAGAUGUGCCCAGGAAACUUAAGGCCCGGGUCACCAGAGCCUUCAUUGCUGCCCGGACGUUUGUCCAGGGGCUAAUGGUGGGUCGGGAGGUCGCCAACAGGGUAGCCAAGGUGAAUGUAAUCCCAGCAUGUGUCAGAGCCUUGACCAAGAUGCUGUACUGUCCAUACUGUCGCAGCAUGCCGGGGCUGAAACCCUGUCACAACUACUGUCACAACGUUAUGAGGGGCUGUUUAGCAAACCAGGCAGACCUAGAUGCUGAAUGGAACCUCUUCAUCGAUGCCAUGUUACUGGUGGCAGACCGACUGGAUGGACCCCUCAACAUCGAAUCAGUUGUACAACCAGUUGACAUCAUGAUCUCUGAUGCCAUCCUGACCAUGCAGGAAAACAGCAUGCAAGUGUCAGCCAAGGUCUUUCAAGAGUGUGGCCAGCCGAAGCCAUCAGGAAUAGGCCGGUCUGCACGCGGCAUCUCAGACGUGUUCAGUUCUCGCUUCAGACCGUACACUCCCAGAGAGAUGCCAACCACAGCAGCUGGAACGAGCAUCGAUAGGCUGGUGAUUGACAUCAAAAAUAAGUUGAAAGAGUCCAAGAGGUUCUGGUCCAACCUGCCAGAUGACAUCUGUGCCAAAGGCAAGCUCACCGAGUCUGAUGACGAUCAGUGCUGGAACAGCCACACGAAGGGCAGAUAUUUCCCUGAAGUGGUGAAGGAGGGUCUAACCAACCAGGUGAACAACCCAGAGGUAGAUGUGGAUAUCACCAGGCCUGACACACUGAUACGACAGCAGAUCAUGGCUCUACGUGUCAUGACCAACAAACUAAAGAACGCUUACAAUGGAAAUGACAUCUACUUCCAGGACUCAAGUGACGAGGGCAGUGCUUCCGGCAGUGGCAGCGGCUGCUCUGACGGCUGCACAACGGAGUUUGUUUUUGUUGGAACAGAGGCUCCUGUGAUCGGAGCCGACAGAAGCGAUGAACGCGCAGCAGCAGCCGCAGGCAAGUCCUUUUCCCGCAGACCCUCCCUGCUGCUGGUGAUGCUCGCCCUCACGCUCCCACUCUGGGCAAUGCAGACUCAAUGGAGAUAA